CAUGUCUCUAAAGAUGUUUAUAUUAUUGCUGACUGUAGCGCUAUUCAUAACGAUACCAAUAGAACUAAGCGAAGCUUCUGCUGUACUAAUAUCUGAUAUGACAAUGUCAGUCAUGGUGGAGUUAUCUUCCCGACAUCCAUUCUGCAAGAUGCACACCGAUAGAGGUGAUAUACAACGAAUGCUUUUACAAUCAGAUCCGCGACGCAUACGUCAAGUACCUCGUGAAUCUGUAAUGGAGUUAGAGGAUGUCUGCAAGAGUUCUGGUUCAUAUGGACAUGAAUUCAGAGGUGGUUUAGGUUUCAUUUAUCCCGGUACUAAAUGGUGUGGACCAGGCACUGCGGCUGCUGACUAUAAUGACUUAGGCAAUCAUAUCGAUGAGGACCGCUGUUGCAGAGAACAUGAUUUAUGUCCAAAUGUCUUGAAUGUGGGAGAAUGCAAGCGUGGUCUCUGUAAUACAGGUACCUUCACACGUUCCCACUGCGAUUGCGAUGCACGUUUACGAAAAUGUUUACAGUCUUUAAACACUGAAACGGCUAACACUUUGGGUGCAAUUUUCUAUAAUGUUGUGCAGGUCACCUGUUUUCAGGAGCGUAGUCCUUGUUCAUCACAUCAAAGAGUUGGUUAUAAUCAAACGGAACAAGAUCAAAUCUGUGCUCAAUGGCAAUAUCAACCAUCAGAGAAGUAUGUACCUAGUGCACCGGGAAGAACUUAAAUACGUAAACUCAUUUCUAAAUGUUCAUACAACGAUACGACAACGAAAAUCGUCAAUUUUUCCAUCCAUUAAAACUUUAAAGUAUUAAAGAAUAAUAUUUAUAUAGUAGAACCUAAUAUAUUUUCAUUAAUCGAUGUAAAAGGUUAUGAAAACUUAUAUCAUAUAAUAAGCGAUAAUAACUUUUUUAAAUAUUUAAUCAUAUUAUCUUAAUAUCUAGUCAUAUAAACUAAUAUUUCCAUAAUAAGCUGUGUAGAUAAUAGAAAAAAAGAUUAAAUGUGUAAAAAUAUUUACUCAUUCAAUUAGAAAAUACAAGAAUUCGACUUUAUUCUUCAGGUUUUUAGUAGAAGACAAUCCUAGUCCAAUUAUUAAAUAAUAGUUUUAAUUGUCUUAAGUCUUUAGUGUUAUGUUUUUAUAAAGUUAUAUUUUUGAGCUACUGAUUUAAGGAUAUUCCUUUACAAUGGUUCGGAAAUAUUAGCAAAUCGAACAGUAUUUCCUCACACACCCUUAUAUGAAGGGUAUAGUAUGAAGACACUUGCAAACGAAACAGCAAACGAAAUAGCAAACGAUACCACCCAAACUGUAAACUGCUCUUUUGACCAGUGUUUAGUCAGGUCAGCCUUUUAUCAUGUUUCCACUGCAGCUAAAACUACAAAUGGUAAUGAACUUAAGAUUUGGUCGUUUUCAUUGGCAUAAGCUAAUUUAUUCAU